AUGUCAGCUCGAGGGAAAGUAUUGCUCAUUGUCUAUGUUGACGACAUUAUUAUUACUGGAGACGAUCAGAAAGGGUUUGAAGAGCUAAAACAAUUCUUACAUAGUCAGUUUCACACUAAAGACUUGGGUAAGCUAUGGUAUUUCUUGGGUAUUGAGGUAGCAAGGUCUAAGGAUGGGAUUAGUUUGUCCCAGAGAAAAUAUGUGUUGGAUAUUCUAGAAGAGACAGGUUUGUUGGGAGCCAAGCCUGUGGAGACUCCGUUGGAUCCUAAUGUCAAACUUUGUGUUGAUCAGGGGGAGGAGUUUCCUCAUCCCGACCAAUAUCGUCGCUUGGUUGGUAAGUUGAAUUAUCUUACCAAUACCCGUCCUGAUAUCUCGUUUGCUGUUAGUAUGGCUCAUCCUGGACGUGGCUUAUUUUACCGUUCCAAUGGUCCUCUGCGUGUUGAGGUGUUUACUGAUGCAGAUUGGGCAGGGUCUCCUUCUGAUAGACGUUCAACAAUUGGUUAUUGUACUUUUGUUGGUGGUAAUCUAGUUACCUGGAAGAGUAAGAAGCAGACUAUGGUAGUAAGGUCUAGUGCGGAAGCAGAAUAUCAUGCUAUGGAUUAUACUACGUGUGAGGUUGUUUGGCUGAGAUCAUUUCUUGAGGAGCUGGGAUUUCAGGUGCAAUUGCCCAUUCCUAUGUAUUGUGAUAAUCAGGCGGCGAUACAUAUUGCCUCAAAUCUGGUGUUUCAUGAGAGAACCAAGCAUAUUGAGCAUGGAUCUGGCAUUUGUGACAUCGCCGCACGUAUUUCACAUAUUCUGUCUCCAUGGUAG